GUAACUUUUUUUCUCGAUGUGAUGGCUCCGGAAAAGGCCAGGAGCAGGAAGCGGAAACGAAAAGGCGAGACUGCGCGUGACAGUCCGACAGAGAAAACGCCAAGGAGUUUGAGCAAUGAUUAUGGGACAGAUGGACGAAUGUCAUGUCUCCCCACUAGAAUUUCUCACGCGGAACUGCUUGAAAUUGGUUUGAAGGAACGUUCUUUGGUGCUUUUAGAAGGUCCACUUGGCUGUGGCAAAUUAACCCUGGUGAAAAACGUUGCCAAACAUCUCAGACUCCCAAUAAGAGUUUAUCAAAUUGGUGAUGAAGUCGAUGCGAAAACUCUUUUGGGUUCUUUCCACUGCUUAGAGGUGCCUGGAGAGUUUAUCUGGAAGAUCAGCGAUUUUGCAAAGACCUUGCAACAACCUGGAGUGGUUGUGUUGAAGGAUUUGGACACGGGUACUCCGGAUUUGGUUUCACUGGUAAUUGACUUGUGUGUAAAAAGGGAAGCCGCAUUGCAAAAUGGGAAUACUAUAGAGCUGCAUAAGGAUGCAUUCAUUGUUGGGACUUCUAGGUUUUCAAACUGUCAUCUUUGUGUUUUAAAUUUGAAAUCCGUUUUCGCCUCAAAUUUACAUCAAUUCUGUUAUGUUUGGAGUGGAGGCCUCAUUUUGUCGUCAAAUUCGUUUCGGAUCCCACUGCCACCUUUUUCAGCUGAAGAAUUAUGUCGGCUCAUUUCCGUAGAGUAUGGGCGUAUUGCUCCUUUUGCCAGGAAACUGGUAUCACUCUAUGGUACUGUUAAGGUGCAUUACGACGCUUUAAUUAAAAGCACGAAACGGAUUCUUACUACAGUAUUUAAACCUGUAUCGAUUAUGGCCACCUUGCAGCCACUGCGAUCUAGUUAUGAUACUCUGUUUGCGGAAACUUUUAAUUUAGAAAAGAAUUCGAAAUUUUUCAACCACUUAGAUGAUUGUCUCUCUUCUGGGCGAUAUUUGGACUAUCUUAAACUAAUUGACGGGACAGCAAAACGAGCGAUUGCUGCGAAAUCUAAAAAUUGUGACGUGAAAAAAUGGGCUGAAAUCGCAGUUCGUUCUCGUCGCUUGAAGCGGGCAUUAGAAAGCUCUGCGCUGUCUUUUGCAUACGUGCGGGGCAUUUUUACUGAAGCCACCGAAAAAGGAGAAUGGAUUCUUGUUGAUGAGAUCAACCUAGCUCUUCCUGAGUGCCUAGAUGCGAUCGUGCAUAUCAUGGAUUAUGCUGGAUGUAACUCAAGUUUCCGACUUUUCGCGUGUAUGAAUCCUCCGUCAGACACCGGAAAAAGGAAUUUACCGGUAGAAAUAAGGUCAAGGUUUACUGAAUUUUUUGUUCGUGAAACUACAGACUCAACACAGCUUGCUGCUAUAUCUCGAGUAUAUCUGCCAUCUAUAGGAUCUGAACGUCUGGCUGCAGUUUUGCAAGUUUAUGAAAAGCUUAGGCUUCAGUAUCCUGGGAAGUACAGGCAUGCAUGCUUUUGUACCUUUAAUGAUUUAUACAAAAACUUACGGACCUUGUGUAGAGCUCUUGCAUUUGCGUCAGAUGAUUUAUUUGGAAGUGAGAGACGGAAUCUGCACGAGGCUCUCUCUAUGUCAUUUGGGACCGACGCUAAUGUCUGUGAAAGAACGAAAAUUGAAAAAAUAAUUAAUGAGUACAUCGGAGUGAUAUCUUCAACCUCUUUACCUCCUCCAAAGUUGGCAGCUGCAAAUCCUGGAAAAUAUAUGGAUGCAUUUUGGUUGUCGUUUUUCAGAAAGGUGGAAGGUUAUUGGAUUGAGGCUGGCCCGGUUGAACCGUAUGAUGAUCCCUGUUAUGUAAAAACGAAAUCAGUGAGAGAUAAUUUGGCACAAUUAGCAAGAGUAGUCUGCAGCGCAAGAUAUCCUGUUUUGCUUGAGGGAGAGACUUCUGCGGGGAAAACAGCUAUGGUGACGUAUCUAGCUCAGGUAACAGGGAAUCACAUCACUCGGAUAAAUAAUCAUGAACAUACGGACCUCCAAGAAUACAUUGGUUCUUAUGCCCCUGAUGUUAAUGGGAAGCUCGUUUUCGUAGAAGGAGCUCUACUGAAAGCGGUCCGUCUGGGUAGUUGGGUUAUUCUGGAUGAAUUAAAUCUUGCUCCAACAGAUGUUAUUGAAGCUUUAAACCGAUUGUUUGUCACAGAGUUGAAUACUGUGGUAAAAGCUCAUAAAUCAUUUCGACUGUUCGCAACACAAAAUCCCGUUUCAACUUACGCGGGGCGAAAGCCACUGUCUAGGGCGUUAUUAAAUCGCUUUAUCGUUUUAAGAUUUGAUCACCUUCCUUUUAGUGAAUUGGCUCAGAUAGUAGUGGCCAGGUGUGGAAUUCCCGAAUCUGCGGCGAAAAAAAUGGUUUCUGUUUUAUGUGAGUUGCGUGCUCUUCGUAGUUCAUCAAGCGUUUUUUUUGCAAGAGAUGGUUUAAUGACAUUGAGAGACGUGUUCCGUUGGGCGAAGAGGUUGGAAAAGUCUGAGUGUACUGACUGGUUGCAGUGUUUGGCAGACCAUGGGUACUUUCUUUUGGCUGCACGGUGCCGGAACAAGAAUGAUGAAGAAUUUGUAACUAGAACACUUGAAAAGCACCUUAAACGGCAAAUAAAUGUUGAGGAGUUGUUUACUUUAAGCUCCAAAUAUAUGCCCUCCAAUGUUCAGAAUAUGAUUUCCUCAAACAUUGCAUGGACUUAUGCUAUGAGAAGAAUGGUUGUUUUAAGCACUCAGGCGUGGAACUGUGAUGAGCCUGUCCUUUUGGUCGGAGAAACAGGAUGCGGGAAGACUACCGUUGCGCAGAUUAUUUCUCAGGGGAAACUGUUAUCGAUGAAUUGUCAUGAAGCAACUGAAACAGCAGAUUUUCUUGGUUCCUUGCGCCCUGUGGGAGAUGGUUCUUUUCGUUGGUUGGAUGGCAUAGUUGUACAAGCUAUGAAAAAGGGAAAGCCGCUUUUAAUUGACGAAAUAUCUUUAGCUGCAGAUUCGGUUUUAGAACGCCUGAAUCCUUUGUUUGAACUGUCUAGAACUUUAUUACUAACAGAUUCUGGUACAGUAGCAGAAGAGGUACAAGCGCAACAAGGUUUUGAGAUAAUUGCGACGAUGAACCCCGGUGGGGAUUAUGGGAAGAAAGAGGUAAAUGGUUGUUCAGAGGGCGGAAUACUUGAUGUUCUUCAGUUGUCGAAGGCACUACGAAAUCGCCUGACUGAAAUUUGGUGCCCUACUGAGUUCAGUAAAGAGCAAAUUGAGGAAGUUAUUGCCUGCCGACUUCAGAAUUUUUCAAGAAUUAGUACGGAAAAAAAUGAGGUCAUGUCUUGUAUGAUGGAGUUUAUAGCCUGGUACUCGAACAAGUUUUCACACAUUUUUCGGUUAGUUUCUAGAUUUGUUACGUUCUUUUUCUGCCAUUGGAGCUCUUGUCGAUUGACGGCCCCAUAUAUAUUUGAGGAGGGGCCUCGAAAAAGCACCUGUUUAGAAGCAGCUAUUUUCAGAUGCGUUAUUUCUAUCAGAGAUGUAGUUGCAAUCACGGAACUGUUUACUGCUUGCUCCUCAGUGACCUCAGUCAGCUCUGCAGUGUUUCAUGCUUUUUCUGCAACUCUUUUUGAUGCUAUUGGUGUUGUUCCGGCCAGAGUUUCUAUUGACAGUAAUGCUGUGAGGCAGGAAUGUUGUGCAAAGCUCCUGACGAUACUCAGAAAUUCUGCCGUGUCUGGUUCAUGUGAUGAUAUUUGUGUUGAUGAAAGAGCUGUUUUUAUAUCUCCGGAUGGCGUUCUACAUGCAGGUGAAUUUUCGUUUUCUGGAGGGCCUCUGCCGUAUUCUCUCCCAAAACAGUUUUCGUUUGAAGCGCCGACAUGCAAACAGAACCUUUACAGGUUGGCGCGGUCGUUAAUGAUUGAUAAGCCAGUGUUGUUGGAGGGCGCACCGGGUAGCGGGAAGUCCAGUUUAAUAGUUGCUUUGGCUGCACUGACUGGCCACACCCUAACACGUUUGAACCUCUCCGACCAAACGGAAUUAAGUGACCUUUUCGGCAUGGAUCUUCCUGCAGUGUUAAGUGACGGAACUAUUUCUUUUUCUUGGAAUGAUGGCCCAGUAUUAAAGGCAAUAAAGGAGGGCCACUGGAUUUUACUUGAUGAGAUGAACUUGGCUUCCCAAAGUGUACUGGAAGGGCUAAAUGCGUGUCUCGACUAUCGUCAGCAGCUUUUUAUUCCAGAAUUGAAUCGAACUUUUGAUAUUGGUGAUCACGGUUCACGUGCUAGGUUUUUUGCCUGUCAAAAUCCUAGUUCCCAAGGUGGGAAUCGUCGUAAUCUCCCAAAGUCAUUCUUGAAUCGUUUUACAUCUAUUUAUAUCAGAGAAAUGAAUGAAGACGAUGAGAUUUUUAUACUCUCGAAAGCGUUUGAGUUACCGAUGGAAAUGAUGAAUGCUAUGGUGUCUGUAAAAAAAGCGCUUGUAAGGAAAAUGUUGGAAGACGCUGAUUUUUGCGCACGGGGACGUCCUUUUGAGUUUAACCUCAGAGACUUGCUACGCUGGGGUCAGCUUACGUCUGAAGUAAAAAUUUUACUUUGUUACUUUAUUUUUUUGAUGAAACUCCUCUCCUCACAAAUGCCUUUGCUUGAAAGACUUGCGGCAUGUGUGAAAAUGAAUUGGCUUGUAUUGUUAGUAGGUGUGAGAGAAAUUGGGAAGUUAUCAGCAGUAAAGAAUUUAGCUGCACUGACCGGUAAUCAUCUGCAGAGCAUGAGGGUAACAUCGGAAACUGAUGCACUGGAGCUUUUAGGUUACUUUGAACAGAUAGUGGAUUAUUUUAAUUUCAAUGGAAUUCGUGAAGAAGCUCUGGAACUUCUAUCUGCCACACCAUUUGUUAAGGAGAUAACAGAGUGUGACGAUCCUGGCACUCUUUCAACAAUUUUAGAGGCGGCAUCGUUUUUGGUGGAUCAAGGUCAGGUCCAAUUAGUUCGAACUGUCGAUAACUCGUUCUACUUUAUUUUGCUACGUAUUCGUUUCGCUACCUCUUUUUACAUUUCAGGUGAAGCAACCAAAUUACUCGAUCUUGCUUCACGUAUAGGUAAUACUUCGAUGAAAUUCUGUUGGAAAAACAGUUUAUUUCUGGAUUCUUAUGUAAACGGUGGCUGGAUUGCUAUCGAAGAUGUCAACUGCUGCAGAAUUUUUUUCACCAUGGAUCCUAGUUGUGGGUCACUUUCUCGUGCUAUGCGUAAUCGCGCUGUUGAAAUCUUUGUGACACCUGAUGAUAGUGCUUGGUUCGUCCAGCCUCAAAAUCUUCUGGAUGUUGUUCUUCCUGAAAAAUUUGACAGUGAUUGGAAGAAUGUGUCUCCCCUACUGGAUCUCUUUAGAUGCCUUUCUCCAAAUCAGCUGCUGAAAUGUAGAGCAGUUUUCAAGAAUUUGGAACUAGAGCAGUCUGUGCGGUACGCUAAGUCGUUUUUGGAAGAGGCACCCAAGGACAGUAUUAGUCGUAUAUCUAGUAGUAUCCCCAGUGCAAUUAUUCGGUACCCAUAUGUCAGCAAAGUUAGUUCGAUAGAAUUAGAUCGGUGGAAAUGGGGAGUCUUUAAGACACUUGGAAAGAACGACCCAUUGAAGGGGUUUUCAUGGGCAUUACUUCUUUCGUCUACAACAAGCGUUCUUCAAAAUAUUAUAUAUUCGGAGUUUCCAGAAUUAGACGGACCAUUUAUUCGUUCAAUUAAAUGCAUUUUUGAAAAAGGCAAUACUCAGCUGGGUAUUUCAGUUGUGGAUGACCGUAUUUACGGUCACUGUGCUUUAGGGAAUAGCGCGAAUGUAGAUUAUCAUACCAUAAAUCAAGUAAUUAAUGCUUCACUAGCGUAUUGGGCAUUACAGUACAUUUCUAGACAAAAUAUGGAAAAUAAUUCUGGCAUGCAUCUGAGCACUUUAUUCAAAGAAGGCGUUCUUCCACGAGAUCAGCUACCAUCUCCUGCCUGCCAAUUUAUAAGAGAUUUUGUUGUUUAUGUGAAGCUGUUUUUGGCUGAUGCUUCUAAUUUUGUUUCAACGUCCGUGUCCGAAGUUCUUGAAAGCAUUUGGAGCCUAAUACUCUUCAUCUGGCAGUGCUUUAAGGAAAUGAAUACUAGGCUUUCUUCAGCACCAUUACAUCUUUCAUGGCAAAAUAUGAAAGUGAACUUUCUUCAAUUGCCUCAUCGAUCUGUUGACCUUUACUGUGUGCUUGAAGAAAUUAAUAAGUCGUGGUCUCUAGUCGACGAAGCAGCUUUUAAAAAAUUCCUUGAAUUUUACAAGGUUUUCCUAGGGAUCGUUCGCCCGUUCAGAACUGAAGAGGCUUUUGUACAGGUAAUUUACCGUCUUUUUGUAAGUCGCGUUCUGCCAAGUGAUGAUACCAGGCAAACAGUUCUUAAUGAUUACUCACAUUUGGAAGGGGAGCCACAAGUGAGGCUUGGUAGUUUUUCGCUCAAUAGCUUUAUUGGUCAGUCUUUGAAAAUGGCUGUGGACGUCCUAUGUUCGCUGAUGUUUCUUCAGGAAGGAACCUGGGACGAAGCUUUAAAAAAUGCCAUUUCUUCAGUGGGGCCCUGGCCCAAACAGCUUGAUUUUGUUGAAAUUUUUGAUUGGAGAUCUGAGCAAUGGAAACAAAUCGAGAAGUUCCUUUGGUUUUCUACUUCUGACUUUCUAGUUUCUCAACUGCCGGCAGCAUUAAAAAAUUUUACUUUACAGAACUGUGACAUGGUCAGUUUGCCUCUGACCUUCGAACUAAUGAAUUCCCUUUGGAAUUCUCUCAGUUACGACUUUAGCCUGCGUAAUGUUACGCUCGGCAACAUGGGAGAAUUUUUCCCAUUAAUGGGAAGAUAUUCGAUUUUGUUUUUUAUGAUUGCUCCUCAUUUGAAAGACUAUCACGGCAUGAACAGAAGUUGGAUCUCAAAAGCAACUUGUUUGCUGAACGAAGUAUUAGAACGCGUGAAUUUACCGGAUAGUUCAUUUUUGGUUGGGCUGGAGAGUGGAGAUCAUGGAGUGGCAUUUGCUCACGCAGGCUACGCAUUAAUGGCUUUGUCAUUACCAGCCACAAACAUGAUUGAUCCUAUGAAGCUAGUUGAAGAUCAGCUUUCGAUUGUGAAGCAGUUCACAUAUAUUGCUUACGGCCACUCUUCAACCGAGUUUUUGGAUUGCUCUUCUAACCCUCUGAUCGUUGCCCUAAUUUCUCUCAAGGAAAGAAUCUUGCGACAAUUGGCAGAUUUUGAUCCUGAGUUUGUUGCAUAUCGUCCUGAUCAUAAAACGUUUUUGCGGCUCUCUUAUGAACUCGAUUCGUUCUACAAACUGACGAAAGAGUUUUACGUAAAUGUUUUGAAAGAUUGCAUGGACGAAAAAAAACUUGCUAGCCAACCAACAGACGUUUUGGAGAUGACAAAAGAGCAGCUGAGAAGUUUCAUAUUUUCCGCAGGAACUUUUUUGGAGCGCACUCUGGCUGAAUUUGCUGCUUACCCAGAUAUAAUUUACCCUUAUAUACUAGGGUUACAGUGUCUGAUAAUUUAUGUUUGUGGCACUAGAGUUUUUGUUACAGAGGUUCUACACGAAAGGCAGUUGAAGUCUGAACACGAUAUAGCCUCAUGUCUUGUUUGUUGGGACCGUUCAAAACAGUUUGUUUCUUGUCCAGAUUUCUACUGUUGGGCGGUACGGGAAAGCUCAACAAUGCCCAAAAGACUGCAGAUUUCUGUUGUUAAGAAGUUGUUCAAUGAAAAAACCAACAUGGAUUUGGUUGCUGCGUGGUUAGUGAAAAAUUGGUCUUGUUGGUAUGAAAACAACGUCGAAAGGGCUGAAGACCUUUAUAUUUACCGAAAGAAAAAGAGUGGAAGCGAGAACAUCGACGACGAUGAGGAACUGGUGGAGUUUUACAUUAAUAUUGCCAAUCUUAUUUUUAUUUUCUUUGAAAAAUCCUUGAUGCGUUCUAUGUUUCCCACUGGAAAUGAAGAAGAUGAUGCUAUGCAAGAACAUUUUGAGAGAAUUUCUGAUGUUGACUUGGAAGAUUUGGUACUAUAUAUGUUUAGUGGCCUCCGUAGUACUGUCGAUGAUUACAUGCCUUUGAUGUGGUUGGCUAACGCCUUUGGUGUUCGCCUUGAGAAUGCGCGUCUGGAUUCGUUAUUUACUGCGUUCCAUUUUGCUGCUUUGCGUAAACUUGAGGGUCCUACUGCAUCUGUUAUUGACGUAUAUAGGAGUAAUGUUCCGAAGGAGUUAACUCGAUGUGCCAUUGCUGUGAACAAACUUGUUAAAAAAGUCUCCUCUUUGAAGGAAAUUUGGCCUGAAGUUACUGUAUUUGAAAAUAUAUGCCAGGCUUGUGAGAAAAUUUUGUCUCUUUCUGCGUCAACUCCUCAAAUAAAAUUGGCAGAAGCAGUUGAAGCACUUCUAGAAGAGACAGAACAUUGGGAGAAAGUUGCAAGCCACGAAUACUCGCUGAAAAACGAGGUCACUGAUUUAAGGUCAAUGCUGGUUGAGUGGAGGAAGAUGGAGGUUUUAAGCUGGGAAUCAAUUUUAUCGACAGCUCUUGCAUCCACUAGGAGGCAGGCAUUGCUCAUCUCCUGGCCUCUGUUCGAGGCGGUAUUAAAGAAUGAAAAAAGCAAUAAAGAAAUAGUAUUGAUGACAGUAGAGUGGCUGCAGUGUUCAACGCUAGUAGAUUUUGCUGCUCGAUUAGAAGUACCUUCAAUGAUUUCUAAAAUGAUUGUUUCUGGGAUUUCUUCAGACGCAGAGCGAAGUAGUUUAGUGCCCCUGUUCCAGAACUUGGCAAAACAUUUUGAACAGUUCCUUACGCCAGUGAAUGAAAAGUUGGAAACUCGAAGAUUGUCUGCUGAAAACGAAUUAAAAAAUUUCUUAAAAGUUGUUAGGUAUGAUGAUUUGAAUUUGUGGAGCGUUAAAUUAUCAGCAGGCAGAGCACAUCGACAGCUGUUUCGUAUAGUGAAACAAUUCAAGGUUAGAAUUAGCGAAAAAUUGAAGCAGCUAUCUUGCGAGGAACCGGUGGCACCAGUGUUUGAUGAGGUUUUAUCAGUGAGAAGUAACACUUAUUUCGUAACUGAAUUAGACACUCUAGAAACAGGUAACGUGGAACUACAGCCGAUCGAUAAGAAAGCGAAAUUGUUGGCGGAAGAAACUCUGGAAUACCUCUCUGCUCUCAGUAAUUUCGAUGAGCUAAAUAUGCUGGUUGACUUAACUGACAGCUACAGUGUUCUAAUUGAGGAAAAUAUAGUUUACGAAGGCAGUCAAGAAAACAUGGAGAAGCAACGCGGGAGUGUCAUGUCAGGAAGGCAAAAGGCAUUGUCAUUUCUUUUAAAGCGGCUUAGUGAAUUAGGGAUCCGCAGCCGUUUGGGGCUUAGUGUUGAUCCCGAGAAGUUGACGGAAGCUAUUUUAGUCCAUAUAGACUCUAGCGGCUCGGAUUUUGAGAAGCUGUUGCGGUUAGAUUGUGCUUUCCGAAACAUCUGUGUCAAACAGUUCCAUAACCCUAAUAAGCAACUUACUCCUCAGAUUAUUGCGCGCAUCAAAGGAAUAACGGAAUAUAUUCUUACCCAGCUACUGGAUUUUUAUGGUCUAACUUGUUUACUGACUGGGGAACUGAAGGAUUUUUACAAAUCUACUGUAAUGCUUAGGAAUCAGAUAGCAAAUCUUAAGGAAGGAAAGGCAUAUUUUGUCCACAACUCUUGGAGUGAGUGUAUCAUAUCCGCAGAAGAGAUCACUGGUGCGAUUUCUUCAUUACUUCAGAAUAUUAAAAACAAAUUGGAUUUUGUGCCAGAAAAGCGCGAACAGUGCGAAAUGGGCGCCUUGUUUGAAUCUGGUUUUUCUGGACUCCAUCGGAACCAUGUACAGUUCCAAACCCUUGUAAAUUCUGUAUGUGAUGUGGAGACUACUAAUGAACGCAUAAGAACUGCGCUACAACAGCCACUCAAAAUGAUAGAACGUUUAGGAUCUCCCAUAGUGUGGAAAUGUUCUGAUGCAGAGGAAGUGAUGUCAUUAUUACUCGCCGGAAGUAGAGAGUUGAUGAGCGAUUUCAAAAAAAUUUGCGCAUAUCUACCAGAUGAAAGUGAAGAAGGGGUUUACUUAUCUACAAAUAUUCUUGAUUCAAUUCCAACUAAAGAGUUAGAAAAAUCAUCGGAAUGUGUUUCGACCGGUCCUGUGAGAGAUAUGGCUCUGAUUCUGAUACAAAAAGCCUACCGCAAGUUUAAAGUGAUGAAAGGCGACUACAGCAGCUGGACAUUUGGCAUGAUGCGUGAUAUGGCGGGUUUCUUCAAAGGUCUCAAACUGGUCGAGAUGAACGUCGCUCUAAGGAACCUUGUUGUGCAGUGCUCAGUGGGUAAGGUGGAUCAGUGUUCUUUGGAACACUUGGACUUCCUUUUGAGCACAGUUUACAGUUUACUGUCUUCGGCAUUAAAGAAUUUUGAAGGUUUAAGUCUCCGACUAGCAUACUGUUAUGGAUUAUUUCAAAUGAUUGGGAUACGACUUCUUCAGAAGGGAUAUGUCAACGAAAUACCAAAGGUUGAUAAAAAGUUGGACGAUGGUGAAGAGCGGACUGAAUUCAGCGAUGACGUUGCUGGCAUGGGUGACGCAACUGGCUGUAAAGACGUUGGUAGUGAAAUAGAUGAAAGUGGACAGGUCGAAGGUUUAAAGACGGAUGAACCAGGGGAACCAGGAGGUGAGAAAAAUGAAAAGGAAAGUAGCAGUCCGAUAGAUGUAGAUGAUGAGUUUCUUGGUGAAGUAGAAGAUUUGGAACUGGAUAGUGAAGCUGAAAGGGAUAAGGAUGGUGAAAGCGGUGAGGAGCCGGAAUUUGAUGAGACGAUGGGGAAGGUUGACGAAAGUAGUGAUGAUGUAGUAGAUCCUGGGCUGUGGAAUGAAAAUGAAGGGAACGAGGACGCUCUUCCAAAAGAGCUUGACCAAGGAAAUCAAGGUGCGAGAAAGGAAACAGGUGACUUGGCUGCUAAGGAAGAAGAUGAUGCGUUAGACGAGGAAUUAGUUGAGAGCGGUAAGGAAGUUCCUGAGAACAUUAAUGAGGAGUUGUCUCUCGAAAAUGUUGAUGAAAGGGAAGUUCCUGACCAAACUGAUGAGGGCAUCGAAGCAGAUGAAGGUCCUGCUGGAGAGCAGCUUAAGAAUCAGCUAGAAGAUGAAGUGGCUGAGUGUGAAGAAACUGGUAUGGAAACUGUGGAGGAAAGCGAAAACAGAUAUAGCGAUGCAGAUUCAGAGGAUGCCGAUGCUUCUGAAGAUCCGGGUGUGACAACGGAAACAGCAAAAGAAGAAGACAAGGAUCUUGUAGAGGAUACAUUGUCUACGAAUAAUACCACUGGAGAAGAGGUUUUUACAAACACUCCUGGCGCUGAGCUGCAAGAAGGUGAAAAAACUAAUUUCAGUUGCAGCAACACUGCUAACGAAAUUAAAACUCUUGAAGAUGCUGUGGGAGGAAGUGAUCAAAGGAACUUCACUAACAACGCAAAGAGCAAAGAGGCCUGGGCGAAUGAAGGAGACAAGGAAUUUUCCGACGUUGAGGUCGAAGACCACAAAGCCGAAACAGUUGAGUUACGAGAUAAAAAUUGUGAGAAGACGGUAGCUGAUGUCUUUCUAGAUGAAAUAGUUGAUUUGGAAGAGGGAGAAGGGCAGUCCCACUCAGAAGGAAACCAAUUUGUUCAUUGUGCAGAGGCGACUACCAGCACCCGCGACAAACUUGUUGUGAAAGAAGGAUCAAUUGAUGAGGCGAAAUCGACUCGUAGUUUGUUCCAAGAUUUGUCACAUCGAGUGGGGAAGAGGUCGUACCUGCAGGCUAAAAAAGAGAUCCUUGAAGAAGGUAACGAUACGGACCUGAAAAAGACCGAUGAAGUUAACUCUUCAAAAUCCGAAAGGGAGGAAAAGCAAGAUUUCCUAAUACAUACGUCGACAGACCUCUAUCGUCUCGUAGGACCCUUGACAUCAUUUUCUUUAGAACUUUCCAUCAGUACAGAAGACUCUCAUCAGUUGAACCAAAAGGAAACAUUAGACGAAAGAAGUGUCAAGGAAGGUUCAUCCGCAGCGGAGCUGUUGUGGAGCGAAAUAGCAGAGUCGGUUUCUGUCCUGUCGAACGAACUGGCAGAAACCUUGAGGAUGAUUAUUGAACCAACUUUGGCAUCCAAGCUUGAGGGCGACUACCGUUCUGGAAAGCGAUUAAAUAUGAGGCGCUUAAUCCCCUACAUAGCUAGCGGUUAUAAGAAGGACCGGAUAUGGUUAAGGAGAACAAAAAAGUCAAAAAGGAAUUAUCAGAUCUUGCUUGCCAUUGAUGACACCUUGUCUAUGAGGGAAUAUAACCUCGGCACGGUCGCAUUUCAAAGCGUUUGCCUGAUUGAGAGGGCGUUAAACCGGCUAGAGAUUGGACAGUUGGGUAUAUGCAAGUUCGGGAAGACAGUUAAGUUGAUAAGUAACUUUACCGCUAACGAAGACUCGCAACUGGGUGGUAAGAUAAUUACCGAGUUAACGUUUGAGCAGGACCGAACGGACCUCAUAAAUUUGCUGGUUUGUGGCGAAAAACUGUUGCAAGAAGCUCGUGUGGGUAGCAGAGCCAAGCAGAUGAUGAUAAUUGUUUCAGAUGGGCGAGGAGCAUUAGCAAGCCAGUCUGAAAAAGUUGCUGAGGCGCUGCGGAAUCUCCAAACCGAGGAAGUAACAGUGCUGUUCAUCGCAAUUGAUAGUGGUGAAAAGUCUAUUGUUGACAUGAAAGUCGCGGAGUUCACGAAUGAUGGGAGUGUCAGUCUCGUUCCUUAUUUGGAAAGGUUCCCAUUCCCGUUUUACCUAAUAGUCAGACACGUGUCGAUACUACCUGCAGCAGUCGGCGACGCUAUCCGACAGUGGUUUGAAAUAACAGCCCAUGACCUCGUUUAA